GGAGGGCCGUGCUGUGCCACCCCCGCUAUAUCUGUCCCAGGUCCCCGCGGCCGCCUCAUUGCCCGUCCUCAGAUCAUAAGCUCUCCUCACACUGCCGCGACGCCGCCUCUAUCAGCUUAGCCCCCGCCAUGGCUCUGUAACCGCGACCCCUUUGUGCCCCGAACCCGACCCUCUGCUCACCGCGCCUGCGCUCUCCGCUCCCGUCUUCUUUCUUCAGCCGAGGCAGCUGCUGCCUCUCCUUUCCGCAGCCAUGGAGUCCUCCACCUUCACCUUGGUGCCUGUCUUCGCCCAGCUGAGCAACCUCCAGAGCUUCCUACCAGCUGUUGGUGCAGCCUUCUCCAUUGCCAUCGGUGCUCAGCGCCUGUGCUACAGCCAUGUCACUCCUGGCGACCCUGGGGCUGGAGCUGGACAGGGCCGUGCUCCCAGCUAGUGGGCUGGGCUGGCUCGUAGACUAUGGGAAACUCCCCCUGGCCCCUGCCCCCCUGGGCCCCUAUGAGGUCCUUGGGGGAGCCCUGGAGGGCGGGCUUCCAGGGGGAGGAGAGCCCCUGGCAGGUGAUGGCUUCUCUGACUGGAUGACUGAGCGAGUUGACUUUACAGCCCUCCUCCCUCUGGAACCCCCCUUGCCCUCAGGCGCCCUUCCCCCACCUUCCCCAUCCCCACCUGACCUGGAAGCCAUGGCCUCCCUCCUUAAGAAGGAGCUGGAACAGAUGGAAGACUUCUUCCUUGAUGCCCCACUCCUCCCACCACCCUCCCCACCACCACCACCACUGCCACCAGCCCCCUCCCUCCCCCUCCCCCUCCCUACCUUUGACCUCCCCCAGCCCCCUGCCCUGGACACGCUGGACUUGCUGGCCAUCUACUGCCGAAGCGAGGCUGGGCAGGGGGAGGUGGGGUUGGCGCCCCUGCCCCCUGCACAGCAGCCCCUUCCUCCUCCUCCUCCGCCUCAACCCUCUCGCCCGGCCCCCUACCCCAAUCCUGCCACCACCCGAGGGGACCGCAAGCAAAAGAAGAGAGACCAGAACAAGUCAGCAGCUCUGAGGUACCGCCAGAGGAAGCGGGCAGAGGGCGAGGCCCUGGAGGGCGAGUGCCAGGGGCUGGAGGCGCGGAACCGGGAGCUGCGGGAGAGGGCUGAGUCGGUGGAGCGUGAGAUCCAAUAUGUCAAGGACCUGCUCAUCGAGGUGUACAAGGCUCGGAGCCAGAGGUCGCGCAGCAGCUAGCAGGGCAUCAGCGCUGGCUCACUUCCGUGUCUGGGCCAAGGGCUGUUAACCGCCCUCCCCAGCCCCCAGCUUCAUUCCAGACCCCCCCAGCUUUUGUCCUUACUGCCUCUCUUGCCCGUUUCUGGAUUAUGUUUCCCUCCCCAGAAUCAAGGAAUGUUUGGCCUUAGUCAGUGUCUAACAGCCUCAAGUAACAGCCGAGGCCAGGGGAGGCCCACAGGGAAGGCAGGCAGCAGGGAGAGCUUGGAGACCCGGUCUCUUGAAUUUCCAACCUGGUUUCUUGCAGGUGGUUCUCGGUGGUGGGUGGAGCAGCCGUGGGCUAGAGCAGGGAGCAGACGCAGAGUGCCUAUCCCGAUGGGGACAUGAGUCAGGGAGCCUUCAGGACGGGGACCCGUAUGAUAUAAGCAAAAAAGCAUGCCAAGUGACCUUGGGGAGGGAGCCAAAAUGUGGCCAAGCUCACAGAGCAGGUGGAUAUGCAGGCAAACGUAAGGGGGGGUAGGGUGGGGGACAGUCAUGGUGGGCUACUGGGUGUUCAUUUUAGCUCUGGGAGAAAAUCAGUGUUUUGUGAAGGUGUUGGGGGAGGGGCUGCAUUUAGGUGAGGGAGGGGGGUCAUGAGCAAAAAUAAAAUGAAGAAUUUCCUCUG